AUGUCCUUCCACUUCGAUGCGAGAGGCGAUUCCUCGGACGACGAGGACGGCGGAGGACUCGAUCUUGCGUCGUGGAAGACUGGCGCUGCUGCACCGCGAGGAUGUGUACGGGGUGGACCUGUAGCUCCAGUUGCUCGAAUGGUGGCAGCGGAUGACGAGGAGGACGACGAUUCGCAAAGCGGAACGCCCGAUCUUGCGGCUUUCCAAACGGGUCGCAAACGCAAGAGCCCAUCAGCUACUGGCUCCCCGCCCGCCCUCUCGUUCCAGGCGAUCAACGAGCGCCUUGAAGAGUCGGACGAAGGCUCUACAUACGAUUUGCAGUCGAUUGAUUCCGACGUGCUACAGCUCCCCAUGGAGGUCGAAGAGGAGGAUCAGCCAGCUCCUUCGGGACAGGAGCUUUUCGUACAGAUAUCUCGCAGCGAGGUGGAUAGAGACGAUUUUGAGGAUUACGCUGCCAUGGGGACGGCUGUAAAGCGAGUCCUGCAAGAGAGACAAUUGAGGAAUGGCGAUAUGGUUUACAAGGUGUUGUUUGACGACACGCAUUCAGAAGAGAUACCAUUCGACGAGCUGCUUCGUUUGAACAACGGCCAAGAGGCACUCAACGCAUUUGUACCAGACGCGGCAUCUGACAGCGAGGAAUCACCUGAACCAGCACCUCGAGCCAAGCGUGGUCGGCGCGGUCCAGCGGCCAAGCAGUCAAGAAUGUCGGCCAGACGCCCGGGCAGCCGCCGAAACCCUGAUGGCUUCGGCUUUGUGAGCACCGUCGAUAAUGUCGAUGGCUCCGACGUGGACAUCUCCGACGACGACGACGAGAUCACUGUCACUCGGACCCGAGGCGGCAAGCGCAAGCAAGACACAACCCAAUACGAGGACCAAGGCGAUGAUGAGGACGACGACGACGAGCCUGAAGGCUCCGAGGAUGAGCUGGCGCAGCCAACCCGCUCCGGUCUUCGCAAAGGCAGGGGAGGUAAAGCAGUCGGUGGCAGAGGCCGACAGACACGGGCUUCUACCGGUCUGGGUCUCGUGGACGACGACGAGGAGGAAGAGGAAGACUCCGACGGUAUGAAUGUGCUGCAAUCUGAUCUUCCUGGCAUGAAGAAGCGUCGCAAGAACAAGCGCAGUACCAACGACGACACCAUACGAGUCAACAUGCGCCAGUCAGAGCGUGCUACGAGGCAUGUGGGCGACAUGCAGGAGGUUGCGGAGGACGAUAUUUUCCGCUCAGAGAGCGAGCAAGAGCGUGCUCCUUCCAAGCCCAAGAUAUCGCUCGUCCGCGAAGUCUUCAAGCCUCUGCCAACCAAUGACGACUUCCGCAUGCGGCAUUACCAGUGGUGUGAUACUUGUGGCCAAGGCAAGAACUAUGCACAACUUAUCUACUGCCAAGGAUGCUCGAUCUCAUACCAUAAGAAUUGCCUCGGACCCCGCACAAACCGGGAGCAUCUUGUUACUAAGAUCGCAGAUGACGAGCACGUACUUCAAUGCCGGCGUUGCGUCAAGAGAGCACAGAAGAAAGAUGAGACUGCACCAGACCAGAGCAAGUGCCAGGACUGUCUUCAGCCUGGCGCUGGCUGCCAGCCGUUUCGACCACGCAAGUCCGCAGCUCAAGAGCAGAAGGAGCGCGAAGAUAAUGGGGGAGUUGAUCCUAACUACCCCGUUAUUCACGAGCUCAUCAACAACGCAGACAAUGUGUUGUUCCGCUGCAUGGGAUGCUACCGCGCUUUCCAUUUCGAGCACCUGCCUUCCCUCACCGAUAUGAUGGAUUUGGAUGGCAACGCGGAUCCCGAACAACGCUUCCGCGAAUACAGCCAUGAGUGGAAGUGCAAAGAGUGCAAGGAAAUGCCAGCCAAAGUCUCAGGACUCAUCGCCUGGAAGCCAGUGGACGACGAUCUCUACGACAAUGAAGCAGGCUUCGAAGGACUCAACGAGCAAGACAAGGCGUACUUGGUGAGGUGGGAGGGCAUGUCCUACUUCCGCGCCCAGUGGAUGCCUGGCCCUUGGGUGUGGGGAGUCACAGCUAUCGUGAUGCGAAAAGCGUUCGCCAAGCGCGAAGAUGCCCAGCACCCCAAGAUGAGGACCGAAGACGCCAUUCCUGAAGACUAUCUCCGUACAGACAUCGUGCUGGAUAUUAAGUAUACCAGCUACGUGGACAUUCGCACCGAAGAAGUCGACAAGGCUCGUAUCCGAGAGGUAGAGAAGGCCCUGAUCAAGUACAAAGGCCUCUCGUACGAAGAUGCCGUCUGGGAAGCCCCGCCAUCUCCUGAAGAUGGCGAGCGCUGGUCCGACUUCGUCUUGGCAUACAACGACUGGGUCGCUGGCUACUACGUUCGUCAGCCCAAGCCUAGCCAGCUUAAGGUCAAGCUAGAGAAGAUUCGCAAGGACAAGGACGACUUCCAAAAGCUCGAGAAGACUGAGCAGCCAGAGAGCAUGCAGGGCGGAAAGCUGAUGGAGUACCAAGUCCAAGGACUCAACUGGUUGUACUACAAGUGGUUCCAGCAGAAAAACGCUAUUCUGGCUGACGAAAUGGGUCUCGGCAAGACGAUUCAGAUUAUCGGAUUCCUGGCUACCCUGAUCCAAGAUCAUGGCUGCUUUCCGUUUCUGGUUGUGGUUCCAAACUCUACGUGUCCCAACUGGCGCCGCGAGAUCAAGCGUUGGGCGCCGGGCCUGCGAGUCGUCGCCUUCUACGGCUCGCGUGAGAGCAGAGAGAAGGCGAAGCAGUACGAGCUAUAUCCGCAAGGCAGCAAGGAGUUGAAGUGCCAUAUCGUUGUCACGAGCUACGACACUGCCGCGGAUGAUGAUUGUCGUAGAUUCUUCCAAAAGAUUCCCUGGCAAGGAUUGAUCGUCGACGAAGGCCAGCGUUUGAAGAACGACAAGAACCUUCUGUACGCUGCACUUGGCGCACUCAAGGCCCCUUUCAAGAUCCUGCUCACUGGCACUCCGCUUCAGAACAACCAGCGUGAGCUCUUCAACCUGCUGCACUUCCUGGACGACUCGUACAAUCCCGCCGAGCUGGAGAAAGAGUACGAGGACCUUGACCAGGAGAAGAUCGCGAAGCUUCAUGACAUGAUUCGACCAUUCUUCCUGCGGCGCACCAAAGCUCAAGUGUUGACGUUCUUGCCACCGAUGGCUCAGAUCAUUCUUCCCGUGAGCAUGAGCUUGGUACAGAAGAAGCUGUAUCGAAGCAUUCUCGCCAAGAAUCCAGAUCUGAUGAAGGCUAUCUUCAGCACUGAAUCAGCCACACUGAAGCAGGGUGAGAGAGCUAGUCUGAGCAACAUUCUCAUGCAGCUACGCAAGUGCCUUUGCCAUCCAUUUGUCUACAACAAGGGUAUUGAGGACCGCAACGUGGACAUCGCGUCCUCGCAUCGCAACCUCGUCGAUGCCAGCAGCAAGCUCAAGCUUCUGGAGCUCCUUCUUCCCAAGCUGAGGGAACGUGGCCAUCGAGUGCUCAUCUUCAGUCAGUUUCUUGAGAUGCUCGACAUCGUGGAGGAUUGUCUCGACGGCAUGCAACUGCGCUUCCAGCGUCUCGACGGAUCCAUCAACGCCAUGACCAAGCAGAAGCGCAUCGACGAGUUCAAUGCACCAGACUCCGAGCUCUUUGCCUUCUUGCUGUCCACUCGAGCUGGCGGUGUCGGCAUCAACUUGGCUUCUGCAGACACUGUCAUCAUUCUCGACCCUGACUUCAAUCCCCAUCAGGACAUCCAGGCCUUGUCCAGAGCUCAUCGUAUUGGCCAACAGAAGAAGGUGUUGUGCUUCCAACUGGUCACUCGCUACAGCUCCGAAGAGCGGAUCAUGCAGAUUGGUCGCAAGAAGCUUGCUCUCGACCACGUCUUGAUUCAAGAAAUGAACGAAGACGACGCCGAUCAGAACGACUUGGUAUCCAUUCUACGCCACGGAGCCAACGAGCUCUUCGAGGACAACGGCGAAAUGGACAUCACCUAUGAUGCCGCUAGUGUUGAGCGCCUGCUCGACCGAAGCCACAUGGAAGACACCAAAGCAGGUGCCGACAAGAGCGCUGAGACCCAGUUCUCGCUUGCGCGUGUGUGGGCCAACGACCAAGGCGCUCUUGAAGAUGCGAAUGUACAAGACGCUCCCGAUGAGACUGCGCCAAAUCCUGGCGUGUGGGAACACAUCCUCAAGGAGCGUGAGCGUGUGGCCGCGGAGGAAGCUGCAGCCAAAGCUGAAGCAUUUGGUCGUGGACGUCGUGCUCGCGCGAACAACAUCGACUACACCACCGACAAGGCUCAAGACGACAUCGACGUGACUCCAGUCAAGCGGGGCAAGAAGCGCAAGCAGAACGACGAAAGCGAUACUGACUUCCAAGCGGAUGACAGCGAUGGAGACGAUGAUCUAGACAACGGUGAGAUGGUGGAGAAUGGUGAGUUGAAGGAUCUGCAUCGCGGUACUAAACCAGACGCAGGUCAUAAGAAGACCGGUAAGCCUUCCCUGUCAAAAACCCAGAAAUCCCCCAAGAAGACACCAAAGAAAGCCAGUGUGCCCAAGACUUCUUCGUCUGCGAAGAAGUCUGGCGCGAAUGGCAAGAAAGUGGCUCAGGUAGAGCCCGCGCCCAAGAAGCCUAUGUCGGCAGCGGCGAGGAAGGCGAAUCCCCAGGCGCGAUUGUCCAACUUCCGUGUUAUACCUCCGUCUUUCAACAAGGCGUCGAAGCGCAGCACAAAGACCGACAUGGCGGUCAGUCAAGCUAUACUGGGCAACGGCAAGGCUUCUGCUUCAUCCAUGAAGAAGGCUGCUGUUCCCGGUGCUGUGACGAAGGCUGUCGAUGGAGAAGGCUCAACCAAGCAAAAGCCCAUUGAGCUUGACGAUUCGUCGUCCAAUAAGGCGUCGACUAACACCGCCCUCACAGAGGCGCCGACUUUCCGACGCGUUCAAGUACUUCGGCCAGGACCUGUCGAACCUACACCAAUCGAGCACCCCACUCAAGUUGCAAGCAAUGGAAACGCUACCAACGGUGGCACUCCACAGCCGCCGCAAUUCAACCAAAACGGGUACCCAGUGGGCGUCAACUGUCGCGCUUGUCAGAGCUUCCACGCCGUUGGCAGCUGCCCUCUCAAGCUGGCUGGCGUAGAGCACUGCAAUCUGUGCGGCAUGGCUCACUAUGGACAUGCACGCGUGUGCCCGCACAUUCAAUCUGAGACACAGGUCCGCGCCAUGCUUGAGGCUCUCAAGUACUCGAACGAACCGGAGCAUCUUGUGAAGGAGGCGAAUCGUUACUUGCGAGGAUUGAAGGGUUCUUUGGUUCAGUUGAAGAAGCAGAAGGAGGCGAAGGAGGCUGCGGCGCGAGAGGCGGCGUUUGCUUCUCAGUUUCAGCAACCUAUGGGCAUGCAGUCAAUGGGUGAGCAGCAGCAGCUGUGGUUAUGA